AUGACCGCGUUCAAAGAUGUAAUUUUUGUACUAUUGGUGGCCGAGGAGCACGAGUUACUUCCCUGUUAUGCCGUGCUGUACACACCCUGCCGCCCCGCUGCCACAAGUGCCCCCGCCUUCGGAGCGCCAGCCUCUGCACCGUCCUUCGCAUUCGGGAGCACCACGUCCGCAUUCGGGUCGGCAACCCCAGCGACCCCCUCCGUGUUUGGCGCCCCGGCGGCUGCGCCCACGGCGGCCUUUGGCACGCCGGCAGCUGCCUCUGCACCGGCCAUCGGUGCGCCAGCCGCCACUUCGGCGUCAGCUUUUGGCGCUCCAGCUUCCGCAACCGCGUUUGGUGCAGCCACCUCAGCCCCUGCCUUUGGGGCACCAAGCACUGGGCUUAGCUUCAGCCAGCCGCCUGCCGCAACGGGGGCGUCUUUGUUCGGCAGCACAGCGGCACCGGCGGCGGCCACAUCUGGGCCUGCUGCCACCGGCUUUCCUUUCGGUACUGCGCCUGGUGCCUCAUCUGCAGCAGCCAGCGGCGGCCUCUUCGGUGCGGCGCCAGCUGGCGGCAGUGGUGGCGGUGUCUUCGGGAGCACCGCAGCGCCGGCUCCGGCCCCUGCAGCAGCGCCGGCGGCAGGCGGCUUUUCCUUCGGCGGAACUGCACCCGCGCCGGCGGCGGCUGCGGCUAGUGCACCGGCUGCCGGCCCCGCGCCUGCCGCUGGCGCAGCAACUGGUUUCAGCUUCGGGGGCGGAGCCGCAACUGGUGCCAGCACGGGUGCGUCGCUGUCUGGGGGAGCGGCAGCGGGGCCCCCCGCGACCUCCGCCGCUGCCUUUGGCGCUCUGGGUGGUGGCUUGGCGGGUACAGCGCCGCCGGCGGGGGCGGCUUCGUCGGCACCUGCGUUCAGCUUCGGAGGCGCGGCGGCGCCGGCAGCCGGUGCUAGCUCUGCGGCUGCAUCAGGCUUCUCUCUCGCACCGGCGGCGGCGAGUUCAGCUGCGUCCGGAUUGUUCGGGACUGCUCCCACGACCACCUCCACGGCGCCGGCGGCUACCAGCACCGCAGCAGGACAAACGGCAGCAGGUGCACCUGGGUCAGCAGCACCAGCAGCUGCGGCAUCCUCCGCAGCUGCCUUCUCCUUCGGAUCGGCUGCGGCGGGGACCGCACCUGCUGCCGCCGGCACCGCGGCCGCAUCUGCGCCGGCCAGCUCGGCCGCCUUUGCCUUCCCGUCGGCAGCAGGCGCGACUGCACCCGCCGCCGGGACUGCCGCGGCGUCGGCCGCUGGCACUGCGCCCGCAGGCACCGCAGGCGCGCUUGUGCCAGCAGGCGCCGCCGCCGCUGCUGCACCAGCGUCCGCAGCCACUCAACCCCUGUUGCCGGUGUCACUGAAGGGCAAGAACAUUGAGGAGAUCAUCAACGAGUGGAAUGCGGAGCUGGAGGAGCAGGUGGCGGCGUUUAACAAGCACGCGGCUUCCCUGUCCGCCUGGGAUCGCACCAUCCUGCACAACCGCUCCUGUUUGCUGGGGGUGGAAGAGGAGCUGGGAGUGGUGGCUGCCGGGCAAGAUGCACUCGACAGGAAGCUCACAAUGCUGGAGACCCACCAUAAGGAAGUCCACGACGCGCUGAGCAGCAUUGAGGCGGAAGCGGAGCGCAUGUGUCUGGCGGAGCGGGUGCUGCUGGACGGAGACGCGGCGGAGCGGGACCGCCUGUACGCACGGGCUGAGGCGCUGUCUACGGCGCUGGUGCGGCUGGGUGAGGACCUUGGCGGUGUGGUGGCGGAUGUUAACGAGCUCAGCGGGGCGGCGUCUGGCGACCCCUCGUCGGCCCUGGGUGCAGUGGUCCGCAUCCUCAACAACCAGCUAUUGGCAUUGGGCCAGGUGGAGGGUCGGGUCAGCUCUUUGGAGCAGGAGGUGCAGGCGCUGGCGGGCGGGGAGGCCACCAGCAGUGCGGUCUCCAUAAAUAGCUUCCGGAUGUGACAUCCUGUGUCAGGCACCAGCACCACUUUUUUAUAUCCUACAAGAUAAAUGCCGCCCAACUUAUACCUAACAGCAGCAAUACCACCGCAGCAGCACGAACACUGGAGUGUACAGAUGUAACCACCAAUGGCAG